AUGCGUCAUGCAUGCGGAUCUGGAUCUAAUUACCGUCUGGGUAUGCCCGACCGCUCCUGCGGUUCCGAGUCCGACUAUAUUCCUUAUUUACCUCUACUUGGAAUGAUGCCUAUACUUGUUAAAGCCGUUCCAAUUAUUAUUUUGAAUUUUGGCCGGUUUUCCAGCCCUCGCGCCGCCCGGGAGUUGUCUCUGUUAAUUCUUUAUGCUUCCUGUUUAGAAGGGUCGGAUCCCGUUCGUCUGUUCGAGAAGAGGGUGAAUGCGAAAAGAGAAAAAGAAGUCCUUUCAGCGCCGCCGAAGUUGGUGUACAGCAAACACGUUUUAAGGUAUUCAGAAAGACUUCUGGAAGCAGUUUUAGAAAGAUGGGAUCAUCAUGUGCAGGUCAUGGAUAAAGUUACUCCAGCAAGUUGGAAGAAUCAACCUGGUAGAAGAAUACUGGAGCUCUGCAUAUUACACAUAGCAAUGGCAGAAAUAGCCAUGCUAGGAACACGCCAUCAAAUUGUUCUAAAUGAGUCUGUUGAUCUUGCAAAACGAUUCUGUGAUGGUUCUGCUCCUCGGUUCAUCAAUGGAUGCCUCAGGACUUUUGUCAAAGAGCACAUGGGAAAACAGCCCACGAGUCAGUGCGAACUCCUGAUCUGUUGAUGACGUUGCUGGAGUAAUUCUCAAGUGUCACCUAUUUUGAUCUGGAUUAUGUUAGUUUUAGCUCUCUCUCUCUCUCUCUCUCUCUCUCUCUCUCUCUCUCUCUCUCUCUCUCCCUCUCUCUCUACCCCCGCCCAAUAUUAUCAACUUGUAGAGCAUGUUUGCGGCUAUCCAGGUUAACUUAGUAUAGAGCUGAGGAAUGUAAGAUUUUGUAUCCCAAGG